UUGCUGGUCAAAAAAAAAUAGAAGAAAGAAAAGAAGGGAAAACAAAAACACUUCUACAUCGAAGGUUUUACAAUUUCGAAAAUUUAACGUUACCAGAUCCCCAAAUCGCCCAAUCGAAUAAAGAAAACAUGCGUUUCGAAUUCACCACUACUAUAUUCCUCGUCUUAUGUCUUGCUUCCACUGCGUAUAAUCUACCUCUCGAUGCAUCCACCCCACCCCCUGGUAGUAUAAUCUCCCGCGCAGUAUCCCUCACCCAAACCAUCCCGUCCAACACAGGCACAAGCACCAGCACCACAGACCCGAGCACCGGCACCGGCACCAUAACCUUCCUCGGCACCCACAGCGGUGUCCCCCUCCUCCCCCACGAGUCGCCCAAAAUCUCCACAGCGUACGAGAAGGGGGAUAUCCCCCGCGACGUCUAUACCCGGGUACGCAAAGCCGUGCGGGAGGUGGUCCCGGGGUGGGAUGCGGAGGAGCGUAGUGGUAGUGGUAGUGGUGGUAAGGGUGUUCUGGCGUUUUCAAAUUCGUUCGAAGAAAAUGUAGGGGGCGCCGGGGCCGGUGCUCGGGGGAGGGUUGUGCAGUACGGGGUGAUUGAGGUGAGUUUGAAGGGGAUAGGGAGAUGUCAACCCGCGGGGUGUGUGUUCAAGAUUGAUAGGAAUGGGAAGGUGGUGCAGGGUUCACUUGUAGUGAGUACCGAUACACCUUUUCUUUGUUGUGAGUCUGUGGAUUCACUGAUGUGAUAAUCUAUGCUAUCUAGGUCCACAAUUGAUUUCUUCCGUGAGGACUCGGUGCUCAGAGUAGUCUUAA